AUGGGUUCAUGGUUCCCUGCUAGGGGUCAACGGAGGUUAUCAGAAAUCAGCAGAAAUCCAAGUCAUGCCAAAAGAGAAAGGGGCAAGGAAAACAAAACGAACUGGGAUGGUAUCAAGUGGAAUGAAUUAGGACAAACUAAAGACUGGAGAUUAUGGACCAAUAAAUUUAGCUCGUGGAAUGUGAAUGGAAUCAGAGCAUGGAUAAAGAAUGGUGGUCUGGAGUACAUUGCAAGGGAAGACCCAGACAUAUUCUGUGUACAAGAAACCAAGUGUAUUGAGAAAGAGCUUCCUAUGAACCAGCUCGGUAUUCCUGGCUACCACGUCUACUGGCACUCUGCUGAGAAGAAAGGCUACAGCGAUUUGAAGAACCCCAAGACAAACGCAAAGACAGCUGGUUUCACGCCUGAGGAGAGACAGGACUUCACAGAGCUACUGGAGGAGGGUUUUGUGGACACCUUCCGUCACCUGUAUCCCGACCUCGCUGGAGCAUACACUUACUGGUCAUACAGGUUCAACGCCAGAGCCAAGAACACUGGCUGGAGACUGGAUUAUUUCGUGGUGUCUGAGCGGCUCCUCCCUCAUGUGACUGAUUCGUAAGGAGGUGUUUGGGAGUGAUUAUUGCCCAUUGGUGAUUGGACUGACUGACCACGCCCACAAGAGAAUGACGAACACUGAAUUGAUUGACUAUCACUAGCAUUUAGCCAUUAUACAACCCAAUGUUUGCAUCAGAUUUAAUAACAUAAUAACAACAGUAAUUAAGAUAAUACAAAGUCAUGAAUAAUACGUGCAAACAAAAUUUAAUUAC